AAAUCCACACCAGCCACCUCCGGGAGAGUUCUCCUUGGCUCCCAGUAGGAGGCGGAGAGCCAAGGGGCGUGCGAGAGCGAGGGGGCUGGGCUCCUGGGUGGCUGGAGGCCGCGGCUGCAGCGCGGAGAGCCCGACCUCGAUCUGGCGAUGGAGGAAGCAAGCAAGGGGGCAGGUUCCUGAGCUUCGCAAUUCCUGUGUCGCCUUCUGGGCUCCCAGCCUACCGGGUCGCAUGAUCCCUCCGGCUGGAGCUGGUUUUUUUGCCAGCCGCCGCGAGGCCGGCUGAGUUACAGGCUACUGGGCCGCCACCUCCUCUCCCGACCUAUGAUACAAAAGAUCUUCCGGGGGCUGCACCUGCCUGCUGUCGCCUAAGACGGAUUUGAAUCUCUUUCUCUCUUUUCAGAACCUUAUUUUGGCUUCGGAUCUUAGAAGAGAAUCACUAAGCGGAGACCAGUCUCAGUGAGUGAGCAGGUGUUUUGGACAAUGGACUGGUUGAGCCCAUCUCUAUUAUAAAAAUGUCUCAGAGCAACUGGGAGCUGGUGGUUGACUUUCUCUCCUACAAGCUUUCCCAGAAAGGAUACAGCUGGAGUCAAUUCAGUGAUGUGGAAGAAAACAGGACUGAAGGCCCAGAAGGGACUGAACCAGACAUGGAGACCCCCAGUGCCAUCAAUGGCAACCCAUCCUGGCACCUGACGGAUAGCCCCACGGUGAAUGGGGCCACUGGCCACAGCAGCAGUUUGGAUGCCCGGGAGGUGAUCCCCAUGGCAGCAGUGAAGCAAGCUCUGAGGGAAGCUGGCGACGAGUUUGAACUGCGGUACCGACGGGCAUUCAGUGACCUAACAUCUCAGCUCCACAUCACCCCUGGGACAGCAUAUCAGAGCUUUGAACAGGUAGUGAAUGAACUCUUCCGGGAUGGGGUAAACUGGGGUCGCAUUGUGGCCUUUUUCUCCUUCGGCGGGGCAUUGUGCGUGGAGAGCGUAGACAAGGAGAUGCAGGUAUUGGUGAGGCGGAUUGCAAGCUGGAUGGCUACUUACCUGAAUGACCACCUAGAGCCUUGGAUCCAGGAGAACGGCGGCUGGGACACUUUUGUGGAACUCUACGGGAACAAUGCAGCAGCUGAAAGCCGGAAGGGCCAGGAGCGUUUCAACCGCUGGUUCCUGACGGGCAUGACUGUGGCUGGCAUGGUUCUGCUGGGCUCACUCUUCAGUCGGAAAUGACCAGACACUGACCACCCGUCACCCUCCCACCCCCUGCUUUGCCCCCAUCACAUCCUCCAUCCAGCCACGUUUGCAACCAGGAGAACCACUACAUGCAGUCCUUGCCCACCUGCCCAUCCCAGGGGUCUAGACCCAGGUCUAGACCUGGUCCCUUGAAAAUAGUUUUCUAGAAUCUACCACGCUUCUGUGAGAGCUGCCUUCCCCCACACCUCAGUUCUCUUGGCCUCAAAAUCCAGUUUCCUAGAAUCUGCCCCAUGGAGGCUGGUGCGGGGUAGGGGUUAGGGGCAGGAGGGUCCUGCCUAAUUGGUGGAACCCUUAUUACCCUUAGCCUCUGAGAAUGCUUUCCUGGCAGGGAGCUGGAAUUUUCUGAACCUUGUCCCCAGAGAGACUAGAUUGCCUUUGUUUUGAUGUUUGUGGUCUCAGAAUUGAUCAUUUCCCAUCCCCCUCAGGACCUGGCCUUCUUCCAUCACCACCCCCAAGAGCCAUUUAGAAGCCACUUUUGACUAAUUUGGAAUUCAGGCUGCUUGGGAUAAAGAAUCAAGGACCAGGACUUCCUCCCCAUGUCUGGCCAGUCCUAAGUCCCCACUCCUAGUCUGAAUGUUCUCCAGAGGCCUCCAGAUAGAGGCCAGCCCUGUUGGGGGGGGCUGUCACUGCAAGAAGCGCCCCAUGCUCACGCUAGGAUGGCCCUUGCAGUUUAGCAUCACUCUAGUUCCUUCUCUUCCCCGCCCCAGGCUUCCAUGACCAUGACUGAGGGACCAACUGGGCCCAAGACAGGUGCCCCAGAGCUGUUUAUGGCCUCAGCUGCCUCGCUUCCUGCAAGAUCAGCCUGUGGCAUCUUGGCCUUGGCUGUUGCCCAUGGGGGCCCAUAGGCCCAGGGGCCUCAGCCCAAAAGUGAAGGGGAGCUACAGGGAGCAGCUGUGGGAGCCUUGGGGUCUUCCCUACCUCAGGCAGGAAGGGCAGGAAGGAGAGCCUGGAACACGGCGGGGAUCGGGUGAGGCUGGCCAGGGCCUGUUCUGCCCGGCCAGGCAAGGUUGUGCCCCACCCCCGUCCAGCCUGGGCAGCUGGGCUGCCAAGGUCAGAGUGGCCUGGCCAGGAGCCCUUCAGGCCUCCUCUCCUCUGCUCCACCCUUGGCCUGUCUCAUCCCUGGGGGUCCCAGCACAGCACUGGCCACCCCGGGCUCUCUGCUGUACAUAUUCGAGACUAGUUUUUAUUCCUUGUGAAAAUGAUAUACUAUUUUUGUUAAGCGUGUCUGUAUUUAUGUGUGAGGAGCUGCUGGCUUGCUGUGCGUGUGCACGUGGAGAGCUGGUGCCCGGAGAUUGGCAGCCUAAUGCUCCCUCCCCUGCCCUGGCCCAGGACGCCGGCCUGGGGGUCCUGGCUCCUGAGGGGCACCUGUCCCUCC